CUUUUCAACUGAGAAUUCCACAAGAGCGCUGGACCUUCACAAUUCCUCUUUUAUUGGAAGCUCAGAUCAGUUGCGCUGGCCCCCUUUUGCUGGCCCGCUCUUGGAAGACACUUCCAGCUCCUUAGGAGGCAUUUUGAGCAGGCAGCAAUUAGAGAGUCCCAGAAACUCAAGAUGGCGACUGGGGUGCGCGCCGCAUCCAGGGCGCAGAGAUAUGGGGCCGCCUCGGUGGCGUCAGGUGCCACAGACGGGUGUGCCAGCUCGUUUUCCGCUUCUGUGACACCGUUCAUGAACAGGAACCUCUUGUCGAAGAAGGGCCGUUCACUCGCAUGGUCGGAGGGUUUGGGGGGUAGAAAAAGUGUGGCCGCUCUCAUAACCUGCUCUAAGCAGUCUUCCAUUCUUAGUCAUUCUCCUACUUUGAAGCAUGCUUUCCAGACGAACAGCAUCAGACGGUUGGAAUCAAGAAGAGGAUUCAGCACUUCUUUCCGAUGUCAAUGCGCCCCCGAACAAGUUGCUGCAAAACCCACCUCCAAAAAGGACGAUAAGAAAGAUCCGGAUAAAAAGCUGGCAGCAUUUAGGGAGCUGCUGACGAAAGCGGGGGUCGACGCUUACAUCAUCCCGUCAGAGGAUCCGCACCAGAGCGAGUACAGUGCAGACUGCUUCAAUCGGAGGGUGUACAUAUCGGGGUUUACGGGGUCGGCUGGUACAGCGGUGGUUACGAAGGAGAAGGCGGCGCUGUGGACCGAUGGCCGGUACUUUCUGCAGGCUGAGAAGCAGCUCGGGUGGGAAUGGACUCUGAUGCGCUCGGCUCAACCGGGGGUCCCAAACCUAGAGGACUGGCUAGCUGAAACCCUUCCCCCCAAAUCGAAAGUCGGGAUCGACCCGUUCCUACAUUCAGCAGAGAAUGCUAGGUCUCUGGGGGAGACGUUGCGGGCCAAAGAUGUGUAUCUGACGCCGCUGACUGAGAACAACUUGGUGGAUCUAGUAUGGGGAGAAGGGCGGCCGGCGCCGCCGCAGGCGCCCCUGAGAGUGCACCCGCUGAAGUAUGCAGGGAAGGACGUGGGCUCGAAGUUGGCGGACGUCCGAAAGCAGUUGGCGGAAGCGGGUGCCAAAAUUCUGGUUGUGACGAUGUUAGACGAGGUGGCGUGGCUGCUGAAUAUACGAGGGGGCGACGUCCCUCACUGCCCGGUGGCCAUAGCGUAUGCCGUGGUGGACGAUAAGGGCGCGCGGCUAUACGUCGAGCCGGAGAAAGUGACGCCCGAGGUUGCGGAGCACUUUGAUAGCGAAAACGUCACUGUUAGGCCGUACACCGCCCUUCUCGGCGACCUGGCAGAGUAUGCGGCGGCCGGGGCGGUCGCCAUGAUGGAUCCCGAGCGUGUUAGUGCGGCGGUGUUCAAGUCUUACCAGGACGCGGUGGACAAGUACUACGAGCCGAAGAAGAAGGGCGACGGAAAGAAGAAGAAAGCGAAGAAGGGGAGCGAGGAUGGAGACUUAGGCGGCCCGGCUAUCAUAUCCCGCUCGUCUCCAAUCACGGCUGCGAAGGCGAUCAAGAACGAGGGCGAACUGGAGGGGAUGCGGCAGGCGCACCUGCGAGACGCGGCCGCUCUGGCCAACUUUUGGGCCUGGCUCGAGAACCUGAUUGUGGAUGAGAGGAAGUCCAUCUCGGAGGUAGAAAUUGCGGAGAAACUAGAGGGUUUCCGAAAGGAGCAGUCUGGCUUUCUGGACACGUCCUUUGACACCAUCGCGGGCGCUGGACCCAACGGGGCCGUCAUCCAUUACCGGGCGGAAGAGGGAACAUGCAGAACGUUAGACAGCAGCCAGCUGUUCCUCCUCGACAGCGGCGCUCAGUACGUGGACGGAACGACUGACGUCACCCGGACGGUCCACUUCGGGGAGCCGUCGUCGCGGCAAAAGGAGGCCGUGACGAGGGUGCUGCAGGGCCACAUCGCGCUCGACCAAGCGGUGUUCCCGGAAAAGACGCCGGGUUUUGUGCUGGACGUGUUGGCGCGCCGGGCGCUCUGGAGCGACGGCCUGGACUACCGGCACGGCACGGGUCACGGGGUCGGCGCGGCGCUCAACGUGCACGAGGGCCCGCAGGGCAUCAGCGCGCGGUUCGGCAACAUGACGGGGCUCCAGGCGGGGAUGAUCGUCAGCAACGAACCGGGCUACUACGAGGACGGCGCGUUUGGGAUCAGAAUAGAGAACCUGUUGGCCAUCAAAGAGGUGUCUACACCGAAUCGGUUCGGGGGGUCGGCUUUCUUGGGCUUCGAGCGCCUGACGUUUGUCCCCAUCCAAACGUCGCUGUUGGAGCUGGCUCUCAUGAGCGAGAGCGAGAUCGAGUGGCUCAACGACUACCAUCAUCAAGUUUGGGAAAAGGUGUCCCCUCUCGUGUCCGGCGACGCCAAGGCGUGGCUCAAGCGGUGGACUCGGCCAAUUUCCAAAAUCAAGUCGCCCUUUCCCGGGUCGCAAGCACAUCCCGCUGAAAAGGUCCCGGCAGCUGUAUAAGGGAGCUAGAUUGGCAUUGCAGAUUCGAUAAGAUGCUCGAAGGACUUGCCGUAGACUGAGCACCGGCGAUUUAUGGCGGGAAGGGGUCACGGACAAGACUGCUGACCGGACCUACCCGAACUGUACAGGAGUGUAGACUUUGAGCUGCUUUGCGUCUAGGAUGGGCACAAGGAUGGACGGAACGUUGUACACAACAUGAUAGAAAGCG